GAAUGUGGGAAAUGUUUCACACAGAAAUCCAAUCUUGUUAUACAUGAGAGAAUUCACACUGGGGAAAAGCCAUAUUCAUGUUCAGAAUGUGGGAAAUGUUUUACAGAGAAAUCAAAUCUUGUUAAACAUGAAAGACGUCACACAGGAGAGAAAGCAUAUACAUGUUCAGAAUGUGGGAAAUGUUUCACAAGGAAAUCAAAUCUUGUUAAACAUGAAAGACGUCACACAGGAGAGAAACCAUAUUCAUGUUCAGAAUGUGGGAAACGUUUUUCAGAUAUAUCAAGCCUUCUAAAACAUGAGAGAAGUCACACAGGAGAGAAACCAUAUCCAUGUUCAGAAUGUGGGAAGUCCUUUGGCUAUAAAUCAGUUCUUGUUAAACAUGAGAGAAUACACACUGGAGAGAAGCCAUAUUCAUGUUCAGAAUGUGGGAAAUGUUUUAUACAAAGUUCACAACUUGUUUACCAUGAGAAAUGUCAUACAGGAGAGAAGCCAUAUUCUUGUUCACAAUGUGGGAAAUCUUUUCUACAGAAAUCACAUCUUACUAGACAUGAGAGAUAUCACACAGGAGAGAAGCCAUAUUCAUGUUCAGAAUGUGGGAAAUGUUAUAAAGAUAAAUCACAUCUUGUUUUUCAUCAGAGGCUUCACAUAGGAGAAAAGCCAUAUUCGUGUGCAGAAUGUGGGAAAUGUUAUACAAUUAAAUCACAUCUUGUUAAACAUGAGAGACAUCACACAGGAGAGAAACCAUAUCCAUGUUCAGUAUGUGGUAAAUGGUUUAUAGAAGAAGCAACUCUUGUUAGACAUAAGAAAAUUCACACAGGAGAUAAACCAUAUUCAUGUUCAGAAUGUGGGAAAUAUUUUACAAAUAUAUCACAUCUUCUUAGACAUGAGAGAAGUCACACAGGAGAGAAACCAUAUCUAUGUUCAGAAUGUGGGAGAUAUUUUAUAGAUAAAUCACAUCUUGUUCAACAUAAGAGAAUUCACACUGGAGAGAAGCCAUAUUCAUGCUUAGAAUGUGGAAAAUGCUUUACAAAUAAAUCAAGUCUUGUUGUACAUGAAAGAAUUCACACAGGAGAGAAGCCAUACUCAUGUUCAGAAUGUGGAAAACAUUUUAAACAAAGAUCACAACUUGAAUACCAUGAGAAACGUCAUACAGGAGAGAAGCCAUAUUCUUGUUCAGAAUGUGAGAAAUCUUUUCUACAGAAAUCACAUCUUAUUAUACAUGAGAGAAUUCACACAGGAGAGAAGCCAUAUUCAUGCUCAAAAUGUCGAAAAUGCUUUACAAAUAAACCAAGUCUUGUUGUACAUGAGAGAAAUCACAUAGGAGAGAAGCCAUACUCAUGUUCAGAAUGUGGGAAAUGUUUUAAACAAAAAUCUGAAUUUGUUUCCCAUGAGAGGAUUCACACAGGGGAGAAACCAUAUUCAUGUUCAGAAUGUGGGAAGUGCUUCAUAGAUAAAUCGAGUCUUGUUAGACAUGAGAGAUGUCACACAGGAGAGAAACCAUAUUCAUGUUCAGAAUGUGGGAAAUGUUUUACAUGGAAUUCAACUCUUGUUGCGCAUGAGAGACGUCACAGAGGAGAGAAGCCGUAUUCAUGUUCAGAAUGUGGGAAAUGUUUUACACGAAAAUCAGAUCUUGUUACACACGAGAGAAGUCACACAGGAGAGAAGCCGUAUUCAUGUUCAGAAUGCGGAAAAUGUUUUACACAGAAACCCAGUCUUGUUGCACACGAGAGACGUCACACAGGAGAGAAACCAUAUUCAUGUUCAGAAUGUGGGAAAUGUUUUACACAUAAAUCAGAUCUUGUUACACAUGAGAAACGUCAUACAGGAGUGAAACCAUAUUUAUGUUCAAUAUGUGGAAAGUGUUUUACUCAUAAAUCAAGUUUUGUUGCACAUGAGAGAAUUCACACUGGAGAGCAGCCAUAUGCAUGUUCAGAAUGUGGGAAAUGUUUUACACAAAAGUCUGAUCGUGUUACACAUCAAAGAAUUCACACAGGAGAAAAGCCAUAUUCAUGUUCAGAAUGUGGGAAAUGUUUUACACGGAAAUCAAAUCUUGUUGCACAUCAGAAAUUUCACAAAGGAGAGAAACCAUAUUCUUGCUUACAUUGUGGGAAGAGGUUUACAUAUAAAUCAAAUUUUGUUAAACAUGAGAGAACUCACACAGGAGAGAAGCCGUAUUCAUGUUCAGAAUGUGGGAAAUGUUUUACAGAGAAGUCAAAACUUGUUAGACAUCAGAGAUGUCACACAGGAGAGAAAGCAUAUACAUGUUCAGAAUGUGGGAAAUGUUUUAGAGAUAAAUCAAAUCUUAUUAAACACAAGAGAAGUCACACAGGAGAGAAACCAUAUUCAUGUUCAGAAUGUGGGAAAUGUUUUAGACAAAAAUCACAUCUUGUUACACAUGAGAGAAGUCACACAGGUGAGAAACCUUAUGCGUGUUUAGAAUGUGGAAAAUGUUUUACAGAGAAAUCAAGUUUUGUUAGACAUGAGAGAAGUCACACAGGAGAGAAACCAUAUUCGUGUUCAGAAUGUGGGAAAUGUUUUACAGAGAAAGCAAAUCUUGUUAAACAUGAGAGACGUCACACAGACGUGAAGCUGUAUUCGUGUUCCGAAUGUGGGAAAUUUUUUACACAGAAAUCCAAUCUUGUUACACAUAAGAGAAGUCAUACAGGAGAGAAGCCAUAUUCAUGUUCAGAAUGUGGGAAAAGUUUUUCAGAUAAAUCAAGUCUUCUAAAACAUAAGAAAAAUUAUACAGGAGAGAAGCCGUUUUCAUGUCCACAAUGUGGGAAAUAUUUUGCAUAUAAAUCAGUGCUUGUUCGACAUGAGAGAAGUCACACAGGAGAGAAGCCGUAUUCAUGUUCAGAAUGUGGGAAAUGUUUUGCACAUAAAUCACAUCUUGCUAGACAUGAGAAAAGUCACACAGGAGAGAAGCCGUAUUCAUGUUCAGAAUGUGGGAAAUGUUUUGCAUGUAAAUCACAUCUUGUUAGACAUGAGAAAAGCCACACAGGAGAGAAGCCGUAUUCAUGUUCAGAAUGUGGGAAAUGUUUUGCACAUAAAUCGCAUCUUGCUACACAUGAGAAAUGUCACACAGGAGAGAUGCCGUAUUCAUGUUCACAAUGUGGGAAAUGUUUUGCACGUAAAUCACAUCUUGUUAGACAUGAGAAAAGUCACACAGGAGAGAAGCCGUAUUCAUGUUCAGAGUGUGGGAAAUGUUUUGCAUGUAAAUCACUUCUUGUUAGACAUGAGAAAAGUCACACAGGAGACAAUCCCUAUUCAUGUUCAGAAUGUGGGAAAUGUUUUACAGAUAAAUUCUAUCUUGACAGACAUGAGAGAAUUCACACAGGAGAGAAGCCGUAUCCAUGUUCAGAAUGUGGGAAAUGUUUUAAUACUAAAUCAAUUCUUGUUACACAUCAGAGAAUGCACACAGGGGAGAAGCCAUAUUUCUGUUCAGAAUGUGGGGACUGUUUUAUUACUAAAUCCCAACUCGAUUAUCAUCAGAGAAGGCACACUGGAGAGAAACCAUAUUCAUGUUCAGAUUGUGGGAAAUGUUUUAAUGCUACAUCAAGUCUUGUUACACAUAAAAGAAGUCACACAGGAGAGAAACCUUUUUCAUGUUUAGAAUGUGGGAAACGUUUUACACUUAGACAAACUCUUGUUAAACAUGCGCUACGUCACGCAGUAAAGAAGCCGUAUUCAUGUUCAGAAUGAGCAAUGUUUUACGCAAAAAUCAGAUCUUGAUAGUCAUGAGAGAAGUCACAGGAGAGUAAGGAUACAAUCACAAUUCCAGAAUUUAGACUUUGAUUUCGAUUCCAAUUAAAGAAUGACGUUAUUCGAUAACAAAUAAAAUAACACAAAGAAAUACCCACAGUAACCCCAUGUUGCCCAUUAUGUGAAGAGGUACUUGAUGAGGCACUUACUAUUAAUGUGAGGCACAGGGAAGUACAAAUUAAUAAAACCAAGUGCCUCACAUUAAUAGUAACACAAUCAAAUACCUUCUCACAUAAUGGGCAACAGGAUUAAUAUGUGGAGGCAAAUGAUGGAAUUAAUGUGAUGCACAUGGAAGCCCAAAUUGAUAAAACCACGUGCCUCACAUCAAGAGCGUCCUCAUGUAAUGGACAACACGAGAUUAAA